CAACAGUCUGCCUUUAAAUGUAACGUUUUUUUACGUUGAAAUUGCGCCUUUUGCUUUUCUUUUAAUUUUCUCCUACUUUGGGCUUGUUCAUUUGACUAGUUUAGACGCCCCUUUGUAACUUCUCUAACAUAAUGUUCCCAAUAACAAGCAUAUUAAAUGAACAGGGAGAAUACAUCAAGGGUAUUCUCGUUGAGAAAACCCCAAUAGCAGAAAACAAUCGAUUAGUCCUUCUCUUACAUGGUGAACAGGGGCAUAAAGAUGCGCUUUAUCAACCAGUUUUGGCCGAAAGAUUACCAUUCAGCAGCUUUCGCUUUGAUUUUCAUGGUUGUGGAGAUAGUGAAGGAAAGCCUGAUUAUGGCAGAAUUGCGAGAGAUGUUGAUGAUAUUCGAGCUGUCGUAGCAUAUUUCGAAGGUUUAGGAUAUGAGAUUUUUGCCAUUAUCGGCUAUAGUAAAGGGUCAUUGAGCGGUUUAAAAUAUGCAACAUCCUGUGAAAAGCCGUUAUCUCAUUACAUUAACAUUGCAGCACCCUAUAAUAACAAAUCUGCCGUCAGAGCAGAUGACAAUCAAGAAUGGAAGGUAUACCGUGAAGGAGAGCUUAUGACAUAUAAUAUCAGUUCGGAAGAGCUUGAACUAUACCAAAGUUGGGACAAUUCGCACGUAAUUCGAAUGCCCUUGACAACGUGUGUACAUACGAUUCAUGGGAUUAAGGAUACGGCAGUAUCUGCAUCACAUGCUGCUGAUUAUGCCAACAGUAUUUCGAACCAUACAUUAACUUUAAUACCUGAUGCGGAUCACGAAUUUACAGGUCAACAGAAUGCGUUAAUCACCACUAUCGUUGAGCAUUUUGAACAGCACGAGAGAGAUGCUUAUCAAAAGGCACUUUCUAUGAGGCAGCACGUUAGUGUAUGCAUACCACGUUGGAUUGAUAUACCAGGCGUAAAGAAUUUUAGAGAUAUUGGAGGGUGGCCAUUGAAAGAUGGAAGUGGGUAUAUCAGAGAAAGAAUUGUAUUCAGAUGUGGCCACCUGGUCAACAUCACAGACGAAGGCAUUAGAAGGCUAAAGAGGCUGAACGUGAUUGCAGCGUUUGAUUUUCGCUCAGAUCCUGAAAUCGAAAAGCAAGGCAUUAUGCCUGAAAUUGAAGGUAUCAUUCGCUACCCAUCAGCUAUGUUCACCAAAGCAGAUUUCUCCCCUACUGCCUUAGCGUCUCGAUGGAUGGGCUACUUUGAAGGCCCCUCCGGUUUCCCAAAAGUUUAUGCAGUAAUAUUGGAAAAGGCUGCAGUACAAUAUAGAAAGAUAUUUCUUCAUUUAAUUGAACAUCACUCUGUUCUAUCAACAAACAGUAUCAUUGUUCAUUGCACAGCAGGAAAAGAUCGAACAGGCAUAUUUGUAAUGCUGCUAUUAGGAAUGUGCGGUGUGGAUGAAGAAAUCAUAGCAAAUGAGUACGCACUAAGUAAUUUGGGAUAUUGGGAACCUGAAGCAGAACUAGAAAAAAAAGCCAAGAUGUUGAAUGUUACAGUUGAUGAUAUGCGAAUGGUGAUGUCAGCUCCAUAUUUUGGUAUGAAGGAAACGAUCCGUCAAAUGAAAGAAAAAUAUGGAUCAAUUGAAGGCUAUAUCCGCGACGAAUGUAAGUUAACUACUGAAGAAAUUCAGAAAUUGAAAGACCUUAUGAUUGUACCUAUCCGGUUUGAAGAAAGACAGUUGUAUAGACCAAGAAUUUAGAUAUCAGACUAGCUUUUUGUUCUCUCUCAAGAUGAUUAUUUUUAUCCAAUUUGCAUGUAAUAAAUUUUCCGGGUAAACAUCUCUAGCUGUUUGUUUGUUUUUGAGCGUUUGGUCGUUCAAAUAACUCACGAGAAAUUAACCAAUCUUGACGCACAUUUGGUCACUUUUCAAUAAAUUUCGUUGGAUUUUUACUUUGCC